UCCAAAAACUAUAAUGUUAAAUGUUUAAUUUGGAAAGUAAAAACUAUAUAAUCUUAUCUUUGGAUGAAUAAUAUGUAGUGAUGAUAAAAACUAUAAGGUCAAAUACAGGAAAAAAUUAAAAUAAGCAUUCUCUUUUGUGCUCAAGAAUAGAGAAAGUGAUAUAUAACUAUCUUGCUCUUAUCAUGUCUAUGUAUAAUAAUCACCAAAUAACAAACAAGAUCAUAUAUAUUACCACAUCAUAACUCUAAGAUCAAUCGUCCAUAAGUCCUAGCUCAAAUGGCAAUGCCGAUAUUUGUUAUGGUGGAUGCCUUCACUCGAGUUCAAACCCAAGACCUCGCAGUGUGUGUAUCAGUUUCAGUGGUAUUUGUCACUUUGUCUACAAAGAAAAAUAAAACUUUGAGAUUAGUCAAAUAAUGAUAUGACAUAUAUCAGAUUCAAAGCCAACAAUUGCAAAAAGGGAUCAGGUAGAGUCAAACUAGUCUGUUGGCGUUAGGUCGGGUCAAACUUGAUAGCUCUCUAACUAAGAAGACAACUUUGUCUACCCUCAUAUCUAAAAAAACUCUGAAAGCAUAUUUUUAGACGAUAGUAUUUUUGUUCAUAAAUACAUAUUCAAACGGCACAAAAAUUGUGUUUUUUUUAUCUUCUUGAAUGUGUACAUCGAAUUGAUUUUGGGUUGGAAAAAGUUCCUCCUCUAAUAAUAGAGAUGUUGCCAUGGUGGAGACCCACAUUUUUCUAACAGAUAAUAAUAAAAUGGUUGAAAAAUUCUAAAUUGAAUACCAAUAUCAUAAUCUUUCCCAUUUGACAAGAAACAUUGUAAGGAAACCCCUUUGACAAGAAAGUGAACAUAAUCUUUGUUCAUUUAUAAAUAAACAAACUAUCUAAUCUAAUUCCAAUCUUACUCACCACAUCAAACUAAACUUCUAAACCAAGCACUCAUCAUAGAAAUUAUCACCUAAUUCCAACACAAGUAGUUGUUGUUCAGUAUGUUCUAAACCCGAGUUACCGAAUUUGAUUCUUACUAAAAAAAGAUUUUUCAUCGAAGCUUUCAAAUUAAACUAAAUCAACGGUUGAAAUUGCUUACAGCGUUAAACUGAGUGUUAGUGAUCCCAUCCUAAUAUUUCACCAUGUCAGUGCACUCAUCCAAACACUCCCUUACUGCUCACCCUACCAUAACAGCCAUACUCAUCAUCCUCCACAUCGGAAUUUCAACGCCGACCACCAUCUUAGCCGGAAACCUCCACGUCAUCAAUUUCCAAUCGCCCAACCUCUACCCAGAAAGCAUAACAUGGGACCCAAAAAAUCAACACUUCCUAGUCGGAUCCCUCCACCACCGCACAAUCUCCACCGUCUCAGCCACCGGCGUAAUCCAAACCCUAAUCUACGACCCUUCCCUCCCUGAAAACGUCACCAUUUUAGGCAUUACCGUCGAUUCCCACAACAACCGCAUCCUCGCCGCAAUCCACGCCCUUAAACCCCUCCCUCCGUUCAACGCUCUCGCCGCCUACGAUCUCAUCUCCGGCCACCGUCUCUUCCUCUCCCACCUCCCUUCUUUUAAAUCCUCCGAUCAACCAAUCGCAAACGACGUCGCAGUGGACCCCACCGGAAACGCUUACGUAACAAACUCCGGUAACAACUAUAUUUGGAAAGUUAACUACUUCGGAGAAUCUUCGAUUUUCUCAAAUUCACAGAAGUUCACUGAAUAUCCCGUGGACCGCGAUACACCGUAUAGUUUCUGUGGUCUUAACGGUAUUGCUUACGUCAGCGACAAAAACGGUUACCUUUUGGUGGCUCAAACUAAUACGGGAAAGAUCUUCAAAGUCGAUGCGGACGAUGGUACUACCGUUGAGAUUGUGAAACUUAAUAAAGAUCUAACGGCUCCUGAUGGUGUUGCUUUGAGAAGCGACGGUGUCGUUUUGGUUGUGUCACCAGAAGUUAGUAAGUUGUGGUUUCUUAAGAGUAAUGAUGAAUGGAGAGAGGGUGUGGUGUUUGACGAAAUUGACCUUGAUUUUGAAGGGUACCCUACUUCGGUUGUUGUUAAGGAGAGGGAUAAUAAAGGGUAUGUUUUGUAUGGAUAUGUUAAGGAGGGUAUUUUGGGGAAUUUUGAGAGGGAGGAUUUUGGAAUUGUGGAGGUUGGGUCCCUUAAAGAGAGUGAAGGUGGGAAUGUUUGGGUGUAUGUUAUGAUGAUGAUGAUUGGAAUUGGUAUGGUUUGUUUCUUGUAUUGGGGGUUUCAAAUGGGGAAGCUUGUGAAGAAUUUGGAUAAAAAGAUCAGUUGAUUAUUAAACUACUAAACACCAACACUCUUCUGAAUAGGCAUUUCUCGGUAUCAGAUAUGCGUCAGUGUCCGACAUCAAUAUUUAUAUUUAUAUUAAAUUAUGUCAUUUUAUUAUAUUAUUAUUAGUAUCGAAGUGUCAUCCGUGUUGGUGUCUGUGUUUCAUAGUUAUUAAGGAAGUGUUUGAAAUAAAAAAAAAAAAAGUGUUUGGAAUAAUCACUUAUUCAAUAUGAUGAUAAGUAGAUUAAAAACUUGUACUCAAAUUAUUUCUAUAAGGAAAUGAUAAUAAAUUUUGCAAUAGUUAAAAACUUUUUCAUCAUAACAUUUUAUGAAAUAAAAGGUUUAGUUUUUUUUUUUUUUUUUCGGUGGCAAAAAGGUUUAGUUAAUA